ACAGGGGGUGUAGCCUAUAACUUUGGAUAACUUUUACGCGCAAGACCGUCACCAUUCCCGAUCCACGCAUUCUCCAGUAGCAGAGAAGCGAACUAAGAUGAGAACCGAAACACUAACGCUUUCCUUUGCGUUUUUGUGUUUCAAUGCAUUUUCGCCUCUAUACUGUGAACCGAAGGGGCCUAUUCCCGAAGGAAAACUCCUUGUAUUGACUGUAGCUACAAAAGAAACUGAUGGAUUUAAGCGAUUUAUGAGAUCUGCAAAGCAAUUUAAUUACACAGUUAAGGUUCUUGGGAGAGGUGAGAAAUGGAAUGGUGGGAGUUACCUGUCUGCCCCAGGUGGCGGGCAGAAAGUCCGUCUGCUGAAGUCCGCCCUGGACGAUGUGAAGGAGGAAGACAAGAUCAUCCUAUUCAUAGACAGUUAUGACGUCGUCUUCUCGUCGGGUCCAAAAGAGCUGCUGAAGAAGUUCCAGCAGGCCAGACACAAGGUGGUCUUCUCCUCUGAGACCCUCAUCUGGCCUGACCGCCAUCUGGAAGACAAGCACCCACACGUCAGGGAGGGGAAGCGGUUCCUUGGAGCUGGAGGCUACAUUGGCUAUGCCUCUAACCUCAGAGAGAUGGUCUCUGAUUGGUCAGGAAAAGACGAUGACAGUGACCAGCUCUAUUAUACCAAGCUCUACAUCGACCCGGAGAAACGAAAAUCUAUAAACAUAACCCUGGACAGCAAAUGCAGAAUGUUCCAGAACCUCCAUGGGGCUCUUGAUGAAGUUGUGUUAAAGUUUGAGGAUGGAAGGGUGCGGGCCAGAAACGUGAUGUACGACACGCUGCCUGUCAUAGUCCACGGCAACGGGCCCACCAAGCUUCAGAUAAAUUACCUCGGGAACUACAUCCCGAAGGUGUGGACGUUCGAGACUGGCUGCACGGUUUGCAAUGAGGACCUGAGGCCCCUGUCGGGACUCAAGGAGAGCGAGUACCCGCCGGUGGUGAUGGGCAUCUUCAUUCAGCAGCCCACCCCCUUCGUGACAGUGUUCUUUGAGCGCCUGCUCCAGCUCCGCUACCCCAAAAGCCGCCUCAGCCUCUUCAUUUACAACCAGGAGCCCCAUCACGAUCAGCAUGUCCGCUCGUUUCUUGAGGAUCACGAUGCAGAGUACCAGGCUGUGAAGCUGAUCGGUCCAGAUGAUGGAGUAGAUCCCGUGACCUCCCGGAACAUGGGCUUUGAUAUGUGUCGGGCUGACGUUGACUGUGAAUACUUCUUCAGUGUGGACGUGGAAGUGGUUCUGAAGAAUGAAGACACCCUUAAGAUACUCAUAGAACAUAAUAAGAUGUUCAUAGCGCCGAUGAUGAACAAGCCGGGCCGCCUGUGGACCAACUUCUGGGGUGCCCUCAGCGCCGACGGGUACUACGCCAGGUCGGAGGACUAUGUGGACAUUGUUCAGGGACGCAGAGUUGGUAUCUGGAAUGUUCCGUAUGUGUCACUGGUGUACCUGGUGAGGGCAGAUGUUCUAAGGAGCGAGCUGAAGGCUGCUGAUCUCUUCCAGUCUCCGACCCUUGACCCAGAUAUGGCCUUCUGCUCAAAAGUGCGAGACCAGGGAGUCUUCAUGUACGUAACGAACAUGUACAACUUUGGCCGAGUCCUAAACACAGAAAACUACCAGACGAAACACCUGCACAAUGAUCUUUGGCAGAUCUUUGAAAACCCAGUGGACUGGGAAGAGCGAUACAUUCAUGAAAAUUAUUCAAAAAUUAUGAAGGAUGAUGUAGUGCAAAACCCAUGCCCGGACGUAUAUUGGUUCCCAAUUUUCACUGAAGUGGCCUGCAGACACCUCAUUGAAGAAAUGGAGAACUAUGGCCAGUGGUCAGGAGGAGGAAAUGUGGACACUAGGAUCCAGGGAGGCUAUGAGAAUGUUCCAACAAUUGAUAUUCACAUGAAUCAGAUCAAUUUUCAAAAAGAGUGGCACAAGUUCCUCUUGGAGUAUGUUGCGCCUGUCACAGAGAAAAUGUUUCCAGGGUACUACACAAGGGCCCAGUUUGAUUUGGCCUUCGUAGUCCGGUACAAGCCUGACGAGCAGCCGCUCUUGAGGCCGCAUCAUGAUGCAUCCACUUUUACUAUUAAUGUCGCUCUCAAUCAAGUGGGGGUGGACUUCCAGGGUGGUGGCAGUCGGUUCCUUAGGUACAACUGCUCCGUACAAGCUACCAAGCAAGGCUGGGCGUUGAUGCACCCAGGCCGCCUUACCCACUACCACGAAGGUCUCCGUACCACGGCGGGCACAAGGUACAUUGCUGUCUCCUUCGUGGACCCCUGAGUUGAUCUUGAGAGGAGCGUGCCGCUUGCUGUCAUUUGCUUUAGUCACAGGAUCCAGGACGGUUAGUGUGUAAUACGAGAGAUUAGGGAGACCAUCAGUUUGACCUUGAACAGACUGAAAGAGCCUAUGGAGACUGUGCCUUAUGUUGUCAUUAUAACGUAUGUAAUUAGAACUCAGGCAUUUUUUGAAAUGCAUUUAAGACAGAUCUGGUGUGUGCCUCCUUUUUCAGAAACAUUUUUGUUGCCUUUAUUUAUUGAUACAGUUUCCAAGCAAUCACAGUUCAACUUUGAUAUAGUUUUCACCCUUAUUUGUGAGAUAUAUAUUUUCCUUUUGUUAUUGAUGUUUUCAGACAAAAGGUGCUACUGUUUAAAAAGUGCUGAUGUAAGAGAGCAGGGAUGUAUUUUUUUCAUCAUCAAUAGUUCAUUUUAUUUUACA